ACCGAAAAGCAGAUGUAAAAACUAAUCGAAAUAUGCUAACGGCAGCCCUGGUAGGCAAUUGCUGCAUCCCUAUAACCUCAAAUCUACGCCAAUAGAACCAAUAUACAAGAGAGUUUUGUCAAAUAUCCAGCAAAACUAACUACUGCAGGUACAUGCGGCUGUCCCGAUAGCUCCAGCCAAACGCCAUGAACACCCUAAUGCGCCUAUCACUCCAGUUUCCCCAAUGGCGCACAUAUUGCAUAAAACAAUGCGCAUUCGCCGGUGCAGAAGCCGCUGCUCGAGGUAAACCCAACUAUGAGGAGUUCAUUGGCAACCAUCACCAGCAGGCGCAACGCAGCAUCGUAGUGCAGGUCAGCUCAGAGAAGUCAUACGCUGAAUUGUAUAACUACUGCAGCAGAUUUGGACACAUUGUCACGGUACAGCACUACUCCGUACAGCAUGAAGAUGAGCUGCACUAUAUGUUGCUGGAGUAUGCCAGCUCGGAAGAGGCAACCGCCGCGAUCAGCUCAAGUGCUUAUAAUGCAGAACUCAGCAGUAGUGGCGGUGGCAAUGGCGUGCCGGUACGUUCCCCAUUUCUUUGGUUUCGGGCGCCAGCUCCAGGAGCUGGACGACGGGGACAACCUAAAUUGGCUAACAAUCAGAAAGCGCAUGCGCUGCACACUAUCUACGGCACAAGGGCAUUGAACCAUGAGGCGUUGAAGGAGCUGCUGCACGGUGCCUCUAGUAUUGACCAACAGUUGCAUCUGUUGUAUGAGCGAACGUGUUUGAAUGACCUGGGUGUGCGCAUGCGUUUUCUGGCUGCGCUCCAGGUAGAGCAGGCCAUUUCGGGUAUGUUUCCGGAAGCAUUAGCGCAGCCAUUUGGAUCCUCGGUGAAUGGUUUUGGCAAAAUGGGCUGUGAUCUAGAUUUGAUAUUACGUUUUGAUGGCAAAACUACAACCACUGAUCAGGAUAUUCAACGCGAAGCAUCUCGUCUUAUAUACCACACGAAGGAGAAUCUAAGCAAUGGACGCUCACAGACGCAGCGACAAAUGGAAUGCAUUGGCGAUAUGCUGCAUCUGUUUCUGCCCGGAGUCUGCCAUGUGCGGCGUAUUCUGCAGGCGCGUGUGCCCAUUAUUAAAUACCAUCACGAGCAUCUUGACCUGGAGGUGGAUCUCUCUAUGAGCAACCUCACUGGCUUCUUCAUGUCCGAGCUGCUGUACAUGUUCGGGCAGAUAGAUCCGCGCGUACGUCCUCUGACCUUUUGUGUGCGGCGCUGGGCGCAAUCUUGCGGCUUGACAAAUCCGUCGCCAGGACGUUGGAUUACCAACUUCUCGUUAACCUGCCUGGUCAUGUUUUUCCUGCAACAGUUGCGGCAGCCCAUUCUGCCUGCAAUUGGAGCAAUGGUGAAGGCCGCGACUGCAACAGACAUUCGAGUCACUGAGGAUGGUAUCAAUUGUACCUUUGCGCGGGACAUGGAGCGCGUGGGCUUCCAGAGCCGGAAUACGAGUAGCCUGAGCGAACUGCUCUUGCAGUUCUUUGAGUUCUACUCACAAUUUGACUUUCACAAUCGUGCCAUAUCACUCAAUGAGGGCCGCGCCCUAGCCAAGCCAGAUCAUUCGGCUAUGUACAUUGUGAAUCCGCUGGAGCAGCUGCUGAAUGUGAGCAAAAAUGUUAGCCUGGAAGAGUCGGAGCGACUGCGCAUCGAAGUGCGUAAUGCUGCCUGGAUGCUCGAGUCGGAGGUGGAGAACACGACGCUCUCCGAAAGCGAGCGACGAGAGCAGUCCUGGGGUCUGCUCAAUCUGUUCAAACAUCCCGAGAAGUCUGUCAUACGUCCCAACAUGUUCUUCAAACCGCGCAUGGUCGAGGUCAGCGAUCUGUUUGAUAAAUCCCAGAGUCAACCGCCGGCCAUCAACUACAAAAGCCCCACCGUGCGCCAGCAGGUGCAGAGCAUCAAGGCAGCCGCGCGCAGCGAACUGAAACAGCUGCGAGAGUCCAGCACGACGACAACGACGACGACAACAACGUCCGCAGCCAAAACCAAACGCAGCAGGUGAUAACCGGCGGCAUUUCUAAAGACAAAUCCCAGCUUAGUGUAAAUAUCUAACAAAUAGAAAGUAACUCAACUCUGACUACAUAUUUUAGCUAACUAAAUGUUGUUCAUAUUGUUAAGCGUUGCGCCCCAACGGGCGUACAGUGUACGAGCAUGUUGCAGCCUUGCAUAUGCAACUCGUGUGUGGUGGGCCCAACGGAACAGCUUCCGAGCUAUUCCUGUCUGCACUACCUGCCAGCGUUAAGUAUUGUAGUUGUUUUUUUAUUACAUUUAAUAAAAUUAAAAGAAAGUGUUAAACAAAGCCAGUAAAUGUUCAUGGAGGGGCUAUUGCUGGGAUUGCAACAGUUGCUAGGCUUUUUAUGCAUGCUGUAAACUGAUAUUUGAUGUAUACAAUGUAGUCUAUAUAUAUAUAUAUAUAAAUACUAUUGGCCCCAUGUGUUCAUAUAAAAGUCAGAAUUGAAGUGAGCCCACUAAAUUGUUCAUAAAUAGACCUGAAUAUUAUGCAUUCGAAAUUCGACCCG